CAAACAUUUAGCGUCUUACUAAAGUAAGUUCCAAUUAUAAAGAAAAUGAAGUUUUUGUUGCUGAUUGCUCUUACGUGUUUGUUGGCUUUAGGUGUAGAGUGUAAGAAGGACGGAUAUCCAGUUGAUUCAGGAAAUUGCAAGUACGAAUGCCUGAAAGACGAUUAUUGCAAUGAUCUGUGCUUAGAAAGGAAAGCAGAUAAAGGAUAUUGCUAUUGGGGUAAAGUUUCAUGCUAUUGCUAUGGCCUACCGGAUAAUUCACCGACUAAAACUUCUGGAAAAUGCAAUCCAGCUAGAGGGAAAUAGUGGACGGAAAUAAACAUCAUUUAUGACAUGAAUAAUUCAAUAAAAUAUUCCAAGAAUUCUUAUAACGAAUAGUAUUCAGAGUUUCUUGUAAUCAAACUACUGCAUUAAUGAAAUAAAAUUUAAAUGAAUAUCAAA